UCUCUUGGUGUGUUUAAAACUUCGAAUCACAGCAAAUCAUGUAUUACAAAAAUGCAUCUAAAAAAAAAAAGAAAUAGAUUUUUAGUACAACUGUAACUGUGCAACGUUAAUGUGAAAUAAAAAAAAAAAUCUCUCUUAGCGAAGAUUAAUCCGUCGUCAAUCUAGCUGACACGCUUGUUCGACGGACGUGAUAGCGUGGUACAAGCUAGAUAGCUAGAAGGUAGAAAUCAGAUAUGUUUCGGCUUGAUGUUCAUGUCAUGUAUACAGUCUGAGAAUUUGAACCGCAUCGUAAUCCGCAGUGUAACAUAUAUAUUUGUAUACGACAAACUUGUAUCGAACUGAUUGCGUUAAAAUCGUGCGAAAUGUCCUUGAUCAAGUCUUUAUGGAAAUGUACAUUCAGUCCGCGGCUUUUCAAGAUUUACGAGGUAACAUGGAUCGGUCAUCUGAUUGACAAAUCAUAUGAGCCGAAAAACUUGGAACGAUGGGGCGAUCAAAUUGUGUCAAUUGUGUCAAUACCUUUUGCAGCAAUAUGGUCCAUAGGUCUUUAUGCUGUACCUGUACUUGUACCACUUAUUGCCAUAUUUAUAUAUCAACGUAGUUAUUCCUUCAUAGAAAAUAUAUUUUAUUUGAGUAAAUUAACAGCCGGUGCUGGUGCAUUUCUCAUUGCAUCGUUAGUUGCACGUGGUUAUUCCAGAGUUAACAAUCCAAUAUAUGUAAAAUUUAUACAAACUUUAAAUGAGGCGCAUUUACAAUAUAAUGAAAGGACAAAACAGGAGCUUCAUAAAUAUGACUUUGAAUUUUGGGCAUGGCCUGUGGAUUUUGAUAUAUCAAAAUUAAAAAGUGACAAAAUUGCAAACAAAUUGACACUACAAAAGAUUGCAGCAGCUAGUGGACGUUUGAAACAUCAAAGUCGCAAAGAUUUCUUAUUUGCUAUACCAUGUAAAUUAUUUUCCUAUAUAAUAGCGCAUACUAUCGCAGUCAAAAUGAUUUAUCCUGGCAGUGUAUCUGUUAUCAGCUGGGCAAUUGGCUCAACAUUAUCAAAGGGAAGGAUAGAUUUAAUAAAACAAGGUGGAGAAAGAUUUAAGCUGAAGGCAGCUGAUAAAAAUCAAAUUGAUGCAAUGUUCGUCGAUCGACGCAACAAUUUUCACAGGAAUACUAAUGGCGAUAUAUUAGUAAUAACUUGUGAAGGAAAUUGUGGUUUCUAUGAAACAGGUAUUAUAUCUACUCCUUUGAAUAAGGGUUAUUCGGUAUUAGGCUGGAAUCAUCCGGGUUUCGGCGGCAGUACUGGUGCACCAUAUCCAAACCAAGAGGAAAAUGCUGUCGAUUGUAUAAUGCGCUUUGCGAUCGAACGCCUACAGUUUCCCGAAGAACGCAUUAUUCUAUAUGGAUGGAGCAUCGGAGGAUAUGCCGCUACCUGGAUUGCUAUGAAUUACCCUUCUAUUCAGAGCUUGGUUUUAGAUGCUACAUUUGAUGAUAUACUUCCAUUAGCUCUUAAAGCAAUGUCACCGUCCUUAGAAGGUGUAGUCCGCAAUAUAAUCAGAGAUUAUUUUAAUUUAAAUAUAGCAGAACAAUUGAAUAGAUAUAACGGGACUGUAUUAUUAGUGCGAAGAACAGACGACGAGAUUGUUUGUGUACCUAAUAACAGUUUAGCUGGAAAUCGCGGCAAUAUGUUGCUGACGAAACUGCUUCUCAGACGUUAUCCGCAUUUAUUUUCUGAAACCUCUGAAUCUGGAACUGUCCUAUCUACAUUUUUAUCUGCUGAAGCUUCGGAUAAAGAAUCGAUAUUGGAAUCAUUAAGAGUGGAAGAAAAGCGUUGCUUAGAGCUGAUAGCAACUGAUAUACGAAAAAAUAAUGGGGUGAUAAAUUAUCCAUCUACUCUAGGACAAGAUUGUAAUGUUAAGACAAAAUUGCAGUUGAUCCUUUUUCUUGCAACAAUGUAUAUGAAAGACCAACCGUCAUCACACUGCAUCCCAUUGACUGUUGAUCUCUUUUAUCCAGGUUGGGACCCAGCAUCCACAAUCACUCUAAAGUAGAUUUCUCGAUAUUAUUUCCUAAAAGUCAGUUUUUCAAGAGAUUCUUAUUUGCACAAUACAAUACGAAUGAGCAAAAACAGUAACAAUCUUCAGUGCAUUUCAUGUUAAGUUUCAAUUAGCAACACAUUGUACACAUUAUUUAUUUAUAUUAAUCUAUAUUCAGUCUUUGACAAAUUGUUGAAAAAAUAUAUAUUAAAUAUGUAAUUUUUCAUUCACUGUAAAAACAUUCUGGCUGAACUAAUGGCUAUUUGUAUUUUUCAAAUUAAUUAUAUCAGUUGCAUAUCUUACCAAAUACUAUAUGUGUAAAAAAAUUCUUUUUAUUAAAAUAUAAAUAUUAAAAUUUAGAGAAAAUAAAUUUUAAAAUAUGUUUCUUCACAUUAUUCUGAGAAAUAAUAACUAUUAUAUAAUAUAUAUUAUUUUAUUAUUAAAUUGAG